AUGAACAUAUUUCAGGUCCAGUCACAUCAAAGAAGAGGAAUAACCUCCGCUGUUCUGGCUACAACGGCCGCCCUCUGCCUCCUCGGGACGUCCACGGAGCACUCUCUACAACAGUCGCCCUCUGCCUCCACGGGACGCACACGGAGCACUCUCUACAACGGUCGCCCUCUGCCUCCACGGGACGUCCACGGAGCACUCUCUACAACGGUCGCCCUCUGCCUCCACGGGACGUCCACGGAGCACUCUCUACAACUACAACGGUCGCCCUCUGUCUCCACGGGACGUCCACGGAGCACUCUCUGCAACAGUCGCCCUCUGCCUCCACGGGACGUCCACGGAGCACUCUCUACAACAGUCGCCCUCUGUCUCCACGGGUACGUCCACAGAGCACUCUCUACAACAGUCGCCCUCUGCCUCCACGGGACGUCCACGGAGCACUCUCUACAACGGUCGCCCUCUGCAUCCACGGGACGUCCACAGAGCACUCUCUACAACAGUCGCCCUCUGCCUCCACGGGACGCACAUGGAGCACUCUCUACAACAGUCGCCCUCUGCCUCCACGGGACGCACAUGGAGCACUCUCUACAACGGUCGCCCUCUGCCUCCACGGGACGCUCACGGAGCACUCUCUACAACGGUUGCCCUCUGCCUCCACGGGACGCACAUGGAGCACUCUCUACAACGGUUGCCCUCUGCCUCCACGGGACGUCCACGGAGCACUCUCUACAACAGUCGCCCUCUGCCUCCACGGGACGCACAUGGAGCACUCUCUACAACAGUCGCCCUCUGCCUCCACGGGACGUCCACGGAGCACUCUCUACAACGGUCGCCCUCAGCCUCCACGGGCCGUCCACAGAGCACUCUCUACAACAGUCGCCCUCUGCCUCCACGGGACGCACAUGGAGCACUCUCUACAACGGUUGCCCUCUGCCUCCACGGGACGUCCACGGAGCACUCUCUACAACAGUCGCCCUCUGCCUCCACGGGACGCACAUGGAGCACUCUCUACAACGGUCGCCCUCUGCCUCCACGGGACGUCCACGGAGCACUCUCUACAACGGUCGCCCUCUGCCUCCACGGGACGUCCACGGAGCACUCUCUACAACAGUCGCCCUCUGCCUCCACGGGACGUCCACGAAGCACUCUCUACAACGGUCGCCCUCCGCCUCCACGAAGCACUCUCUAUUCUCUGCAAUAUCUUAA